CGUUCACUCCAGUUACUCGCUCGUACAUCGUUGCGCGUCGUCUCUCGUCUGGAUGUACACAUUUUUUUUCGUUCUCUUUGGCAAAACUAUACAGUAAAAUCGAAUCCGUGCGCGAAAGAACAAACGAGGUAGAAAAAAAGGCCGACAAAGAACAGUAUAGAAAAAUUGUAUGAAAGAACAGUUGUACAUGCUUCUCUCGCGUUGAUGAAUAGUCCAAGUCAUAAUUAGGCGGACUUUUCGUAACGGAUCAUGACCGAUAUGGGUCUGAGCCUGGACGAUAUAAUUAAAAAAACAAAACCAUCGAAACCUGGAAUAAUGCGAGGCAGAGGAGGAAUACGCAGAGGAGUAAGCCGCGGUGCUCGAGCUAAUGGUGUUGCUAGACCGAGAUCCGUGCCAAUUGUGACAGAUGCACGUUUCAAGAUAAUACAAAAGAAUCGUGAAAAAUUAACUGAUGCAAGAGACAAAUUAGCAGAAAUUGCCAAACAAAGCGAUGCUAGAUUGAAAUUGGACAAAUUAAGAGCAAGCCACGUCAAAAAAACUGAACCUCAAAUGGGUAGCAUUUCCAGAAAGACAGGACGUAAUGGACGAAUUUCCCUUAUGACCAACAAGAUUCCAACUUUAAUAGGACAUGUACAAACCCAAAAUUACAUGCAGCCGCCUCCCGUCAUGAAUACUCGGAAUGUUGGUUACAAGCAGCCUCACCAAGAACCUCAAUACAUUUCGGAAGAUAUGGGUAUCGACUAUAAUGAAGAUGUUUACAUGAUGGAUGCUCCAUCCUUAAGGCGUACAGUGAGCAACGAGUACGCUCCAAUCCCGCCUCCUCCACCUCCUGUGUUCAGUAUGAAGGCCGGAACACCGUACACUUGGGUCAAACAACCUACUGGAAAUGUUCUUAGAUCGGCUAUGCCAAGAAAACCAGAACCCGAGAGACCUCGAGAUUUUAAAGUCGUAGCACGUUCGCAAAUGUCGAAAUACGAACCUGCAUCCUACAGAGAAGACUGGACAUUCGGAUCAAAAUCAAGGACUAUUCUCGCUGAAAGUCCCAUAGAGCCGAAAUAUUUCGAUCCUCGUAGUCACAGAGAAAUAGGAGUCAAAUCUCGUCUCGACGGUAUGACGAGCAAGCAGCAACGGCCCAUGGAAAGUAUGGGGAGACCAAAAACCAGCUCGACCUCAUCCUCUCAUUCUACUGGUUACAGAAUUGUCGUCUCAAAUCUUCAAGCUAACGUCACGCAAGAAGAUAUCAAGGAACUUUUCGAAGACGUUGGAGAAUUGCUUGUUUCACGACUGGUGAGACCGGGCACUGCGGAGGUUAUUUAUAAAACUCUUAAAGACGCCACGAAAGCUGUGGAAACUUAUCACAACAGACAGUUAGACGGCCAUCCGAUGAAGUGUCUUCUGGUGAAUCCACGUUCGAAAAAUAAUCCAACGGGAACUGCUGUUCGAUGCUUAACCGAGCCUAGAAGAACUGCAAGUUCAAGCAGCGUUCAGCCGAGUUUAGGAUCGGUGCAUCGUGCCAUAUUCGACGACAUCAUCGUCAAGCUACGACCAAAUUGAGUAACGGAAGUGAAGUAAAAAACAGAAGAAUGUUUGAAUUCGAUGAGGAUCAAAAGCUCGGAAUUAUCGACUAUUCGUAAAAGCCCGACGAGAUGUUCGUUCAGACAAGCCUUAAUUCCGUUUCAUUGGUAAAUAAAGUAAAUCUCAAUCAUAUUUGUGGGAUUAACCCAGUCAUAUUUUAGCAUGGGUCACUUCGAUUUGAAAUUCUCUUUUGAAUAUGCCGCAAGAUUAUUGCUAAAAACGAACAAAAACAAAUUUUUAAUCGUGACAUAUAAUAAUAAAUAUCUGCGAAAACAGACAAAUCCCCUUUCCCCUAUCUCCUGAUGAAAAAAAUGAAAAUACACGAUCAUCGAACAAAUUGUAA